AAUCUCUCCAUUCUUCAUGUUUUGCUUGAGAUUGAAGAUGGUUCGGUCCAAAGCCGAGAUUUUGAGUUUUGCUUCUUCAUCCAUCUCUUUUCUCUGCGUACAACACCCAAAAAGUCUCUGUUUCUGAGAUGGAUAGAUUCACCAAUGGUGUUGAUGGUACUCAAAUGGGAGAAAUUCGAGACUCGAGCUUUCAGAGGCAAGCAUGGAAGUCAGUUUAUGAUGAAGCUCACAAGUCAGAUAGGCCUCUCAAAAGAAUCUGUAGCCCUGAGCGUCAAAUCCUAUGCCAUCCCUCUGUUUCUCUCACUCUGCCUCCACCUCCUUCAUCGUCUUCUUCAAGUAUCACGUUUCCCUUUGCCCUUGAUGAGUCUCCCUACCAAUCUACAGCCACAACUUAUCAGCCCUUGAAGUCUUUCGCAUGCCCACCGUUUUUAGGAUCAGACCCAGAACGUGAUCAUCAUCAGCGGCGGCAGACGCCUCUUCGGCCAUUGCACACUACUAAGCUAUACAGGGGAGUGAGGCAACGCCACUGGGGCAAAUGGGUGGCUGAGAUUCGUCUUCCUAACAGUAGAAAUCGCCUCUGGUUAGGCACAUUUGACACUGCAGAAGAUGCUGCUUUGGCUUAUGAUCGUGAGGCCUUUAAGCUCAGAGGAGAGAAUGCUAGGCUCAAUUUCCCCGAUCUCUUUCUCAAUAAAGCUCCCCAUUCAACUGCUUCUUCCUCCUCGUCCUCAAAGCAGCCUGAACCAGAAGAGAAUCACGAGGUUCAGGAAACUGCUAGAGGUAAUACAGCAGAGGGAGGUCUUUCAGAGGCAGAGAAAGUGGGUUUGGGAGACAUGGAGGCUUGGUACAACACGAUUCCACAAGGCUGGGGACCCGAGAGCGCUGUGUGGGAUGAUUUAGACAGCACCAACCAUCUUCUGUUUCAGUCACAGUUUCCUUUUGUGAAUCCAAACCAGCAAGACUUCGAUGAUGCUAAUAAUGCUGAGAGACAAGAAGACAAGACAGGACCAGAUUAUGCCUCCGCUUCCUCCUCUGCUUGUCUCAUGAAACCUUUCUCCUGCAGGGAUUAAGAUUGAUGUUUCCAUUUAAAAAUUGAGACCUUAUUCUCAGCAUCAAAAUCCUGCAUCUUGUCUGAGCUACAUACUAAGAUACAGCUCAAGUUUCUGUAGGUGAUAAGACGACAUGUUAUUUAUUUCCAGGCCUCUCAGAACUCAGAAGACACGAGAGAUAUCAAGCUACAUGAGCCUUAUGAGGAUGUUAGGUAGUAGCUUGUAGUUUGGAGCAUGAACAUGGCAGAAGGAGAUGCUUUUGUGACUUCCCUCUCCAUAAAGCUCUGUUUUUUUCG